UAUAGGAGCAGUAAAGCUGGAACUGGUUAUGUUAUUUGUUCAACUGUCAAUCACAUCAGAGUCAUGAAAAGGCCUUAUCUGAUACAGCCUGCUCUGUUGCUGUGCACGCCCCUUUAAACAAACUCGGAACAAGGAAGUUAUUCAUCUGUUGCUGCUUUUCAUCAACUGUAACGUUACCUUUCGUCACCAGCGUCAUUGAUAAUUACUGAGGUGUUGUGAAGUCCCAUCAUGUCAGAAGCUGAAGAGGAAGGAGCGCCAAGUGAGGAGCAGCAGCAGCAGCAUCUCAGCUCUCCUUCUCCCGGCGGCCCGGAGGACACUCAGCCAGCUGCCCCCGCAGAGGGCACGGAGGAGCGGGCAGCGGAGGUCCGAGCGGCCCGCCCACAGCGCAGUGACAUCUCCGUGGAGCCAACUCUGGACCAGUUCAGGAUGAGGAGGUUCUUCGUUUUGAGGCCUGGCACUCUGAAUCAGGCCAUCAAAGAGGUUGAAGCUCUGGUGGAUGAAGAAAUAGAUGGCAGCAUUCACGGCAUUUGGCUGUUGGCAGAGGUGGAUCACUGGAACAAUGAAAAAGAGCGUCUUGUUCUCAUCACAGAGAACUCUCUCCUGGUCUGCAAGUAUGACUUUGUCAUGUUCUGCUGUGAUCAAAUCCAAAGGAUCCCGCUAAACAUUGUGGACCGGAUCUCCAAUGGCAAAUUCAGCUUCCCAAAGCACUCGCUGCUUCUGAGAGAGGGGGAGGGGAUGCGAGUCUUCUGGGACCGGCUGAGAGAGCCCUCGUUCACCUCCAGGUGGAACCCCUUCUCCGUUGACUUCCCCUUCAUCACCUUCAUCUACCACCCUGUGAGGGACAUCAAUGACACAUUUGCCACGAUCUGCGACAUUGACAAGUUUCGUGAGCAGCUGAAGGACGCUGCGCAGAGAGCCCACUCCGUGAAGCCAGUUCCCGGCAAGGCCAACGGCGUCCUGGUCCUGAAUCAGCCAAACCACAUCGACGCUUACGUGGGCGUCAUGUCUUUCCUUGGGAACCAGAACAAACUGGGUUACUGCAUGGCUCGAGGAAACUUUGGCUACUAACUCCUCUGCAUUUAUAUAAUACUCUUGUCGUCGUUCAGAUUGUUUGCUAAGAUUUAGAAGUCUUGAAUUCAUGUUGGUACGUUUGUUUACAAAGAGUUCUGCAAACUCUACAAGGAUUGGCUAAAGAUUUUUCCAUCUUCAGGUGUCACACUAGAUGGAUUCUCAGGAUGUUCUGUAUGAAAGUUUAAACAACUGUGUGAUCUCCUCCUCUGCUUAUUACCAGUGUGUGGUGUCUGAGCACUCAGAAAUAUCCGCAUUUCAACACCGCUCUUCACUGGAUGACGGAUCCCCCGCUGCUCUCAAGGAGCUUUGUAUUUGCUCCUCAGUGAUAUGGUAAUUCUACUCUUUCGCAAUGGGACUCCUUUCUUCCUCCCCCGGUGUCUCUGUUAAAAGCUCAUUCCCAUGCCAUUCAGCCCCUUAGAGAAUCACUGGAGCAUAGGGGGCACAUUUGUCAGUUUAGUUUUAUCAUUCGUAGUGUAUUUUUACAGUGCAUACAGUGCUGGAAUUUCCCCUUGAUUUGAGUGUUUACUGUGUGUUGCUCUGCCUUGUUUGGUAUCACCUGUUUGUCUUGUGAACGUGUCACAGAGAAGAAAAUAUAGGCUGACAUAGUUUGUUCUCUUUUCCUUUGUGGUGGCUUUAAAGAUGCCGAGAACUUUGCACUGUUUUUCUUUCAAGCACAUUAGUGGUGAAUGAUCACACCUGACCUUUUUUCAUACUCAACACUGAAGAACUGUAGAAGAAGGUGAUGAAGCCAAUACUGAAGUACCUUAAACCUGCAUUAUUUCUAAUGACCAGCGGGGGGCGACUCCACUGGUUACAAAAAGAAGUCUGAUUGUAUAGAAGUCUAUGGAAAAAAUUACCCUUUUUUAAACCUGAUUUAUUACCUCAGUAAACAUUUUCCAAACAAGUG